UGGUGUGUUGCAUCCAAUGAGAAGAAAAUAGAAAAUGGAAGCAACGAAGAAGAUUGUUGUGGGAUGCUAGACCAUUAAAGGCGAUUAUUGUGGUUUUCUGAGGUCGCAAGUGAUGAUAGUAAUUUCUGAUUAUGUUUACAGAAAGGAAAAUAAAUAGGUUACAUUAAUUUUAUUUCAAAUUGCAAUGAGUUGUAUUUUAAUAAACAAUGGCAGACGAUCAAACAUCACAACAAACACGAGUUCUCCUCUUAAAUGGACAAACUAUUAUUUUGCAAGGAGACGCAGGUGAUAAUUCCAUAAAUGAAAUAAACGCCGACUUAUUGCAACAGGCAUUACAGGAAGUGUCUACAGCAACAGAAGACGCAGUCGAAGAAACUAGCGAUGAAUACAACGCACCAGUACCUGGAACUGAAGAUGGUAAUGACAAUUUAGUGGCAAUAUUUCAGGGGGAUCAGGGUGAAACACACACUAUUCAGUUGACAGUGGAACAGGCCGAAGCCUUAGGUCUGCAUUUCUCCGUUGAUGACGAUAAAACAAUCGAACCUGAUAUAUCCGAACAUGCGGCAGACAAUAAUUUGUACAUAUCCGAUGACUCGAGUACACAACUGGUAUAUUCUGAGGAGGCAAAACAGAACUCUAGUGAGGUUAUGUUUGAGAAUGAAUUGGUUACAAAUACGUCUUGUGCGGAUGUGGUACAAAGUAGCAGAAAUGUUGAUAACAAUAGUCAGAUGUUGGAAUCAUCAGGGGAAGGAAUGGGCGUCCUAUCAUCGACUGUUAGCCCUCUCAUCAGUGAUCAGAAUCAACCAAUAACAUUAAUACCGCAGUUUGUAGAUGGACAGAUGACAUACACGGUUAAAAUUCCGGAAGAUCAAGAUGAAGGCAGCAUCCUUCAUAAUAGGCAGUUUACAAAUAUUGACAAAGAAUUAAAAAGUGGACCUCCUGCAGUAAGUCUUCAGCAAACAAAUGUAGGGGUUACAUUAAGUAAUAUAACUAGUUUUGCCAGAAUGCCAUUGCCUUCAGUGAGAUGCAGUACCACGACAAGUGCAACAAUUCCAACUGUGCCAUCUGUGCAGCAGUCUGUGUCUUUACCUAUAUCAUCACUGCAGCAACCUGUGAAUGAACCAGUGUCAUCAGUACAACAGCCUGUAUCAGCACCACUAUCAUCUGUCCAACAGACUGUAUCCUUGAGUAAUUAUCAGUGCUCUAGAAUGAGCACAUCAGACAUGUCAGCAGAAAAACAGACCAAAGUAUCAUAUGUUAUUCUACCUGGAAACAACACUAGUACAAGUUCUUCUCUAACUACAAAAUGUAGCGAUACACCACUAGGAAGGCUUUCUUCAUCAUUUGUAUCAUCUGGCAGAAACCAGUCUAUUAAUCCGAACAGCCUGGAAUCGGCCAGUCUGAAAAACGCUGUCUCACUUCCAUUGGUUCUUUCAACAACAAAUUCAGCAAUUCCCACACAGGUGGUUGCUGAUACUAAUUCCAGCCCACUUGUAAGUUCAUCGUCAAGCAUAUUGGCACCUGUGGCAACAAGCACAUCUGCUCCUGGUGGAAUGAUCAGAGUGGUGGCAGGAGGAGCGACUAACCGGACAUUACAAUCUGUAAUAAACAAUAACACCAAUAAAUUGACCAGUAUCCUUGCUCCGUCAUCAGGGAGGCUGAUAGCCAGUGCAAGUAAUGUUACAACAGCACCAAAGAUUGUUUCCAUCACUCCAUCUUCAGUCAGCAAAACUCCAACAAUGGCAACUCCAGAAGUGUCAAACAUGGUUUCAGCCGUUCUUACGCGAAUGCCUGUGCCAAACUUCAAUUCAGCAAAACCACUAGGCUCAAGUGAAAAUCCUAUACAGUUGGUGCAGCAUGGUCAAACAUUUCACAGUGUACAGUCUUUGACACAAGAGCAGUUGCGGCAGAUAGCGACAGUUUUGCAGCAGCAGCACCUGGAAUCAGCCCCUCGAACAAAGAAUGUAGUUUAUGAUGCUGAAACCAAUACACGCAUCAUAUACAGGGUUGUAUAUCCAGAGGAUUUGGACUUGCGGGAUCCUCGAUCACCUGAUAGCAAGGGGACAGGCUUGAAUACAAGUUUGGGCUCAGGCUCAAGCAGAGGACGGGGACGAAGAGGACGGCCUCCUAAGUCAAAUAUGAGAGGUGGUCCUGGUAGGGGUUUGGAUGGAAGCUCUGGACGCAGGGUGGGAGUAAAUGCUGGCUCAGGUGAUAUGGACUUUGAUGAGGAUAGGCUUGUUCUUGAUGAUACAGCUAAGGGUGAGAGAAAAAAGCAGUUGGCACGCACAAGAUCCGGGCGUUUGUCUCGUCCACCUAGACACAUGGUGAAGGAUUAUAAGAGGCUACAUCAUCUUGACUUCGCUGAUGCUGAUCUAGAUGACUCAGAUGGAGGAUACUCAGACUACCAGAUGAGUGAGCAUGAGGCUGAGGAUCCACCAGAGAAGGCUGACAGCAAGGAGUUGUUACCAGGAUUAGCAGUACCGAAGCGCAAGAUCUCGUCACAUUUCCGUUGUCCAACAUGUCAGAAGAUAUACCUUGGAUAUAGCCGAAUGUCUCGGCACUUUGAAAUGUAUCCAGACCAUGGAAAUGCUGAGCAACUGCAAAUGCCAAAUCGAACUGGCAACAGUAGUAACAACAAUGACAACAAUGAGGAGGAGCAGACACCUACCAAUUCAGAGCCCAGUGACACAGCAAAGGUUGGCAUGGCUGUCAAAAGCACAGGUCUGAACGGUUUAGUUUGCACAGGAACUGGUAGACGUCGUGGGAAGAGAAGAGGUCCUUGGGCAUAUACAACACCUGAAGCUCGUUCCCAAAAGCGGAAAGGCAAACUGCGUGAGGUAUUGGCGACAUGUGAGGCAAAUGAACUGGCAGAGGUUGCAGGCCCUGCUGUGGCAGGUGUUCUGUCACUCUGGGACUUGUUGUUGCUUCGAGUGGAAGCUGUGAGAGCUGAGGAGAGCUACGUUGUCACUUUGUGUGAUGAGCUACAAGCACUGCUGGAGAAAGUGCGAGCUGUUGCUAGUGAGAUCCUCAAGCCUCAGGAUGUUAAGGCUGACAGCAAAGAACAGCAAUUGCAGCUUCAGGACAAAGUCCUAUGUACAACCCUUGGAGUGGCCAGUGGGACAUAUCUUGUGGAUAAUCAUAAGUUGCAGCACUUCACUGGAGCCAGAUUACCUCCAGAUGAGCAAGCAGUUAAACGGAUGAGAAUGGACAUACAGAAUGAUGAAGAGGUAGAAAAUGAAGGUAGAGAAACUGGAAGUGUGACUGCAAAUCGUGAUAUGACGGAGGAAAGUGGUGUGAACAGUGGUAGAGAUGAUGACCACGUUCCAAAGAACAAAGAUACUGAUUGCCCAGAAGUUCUUUCAGCUCUCACAUUAGUUGCCAAAUCAGCUGUAGGUCAGGGAUCUAAAAGGGACCAGUCACUUGCCCCUGCUCGGACGUCAGGGGAUGAUGGUUCCAAAGCGAUAGCCGAAGUGACAAAAAGUGAAGUUUUCUUGCUGUCAGGUAAGAGCAGUGACACGUGUGCAAAGCCUGCUUCUGGGAGUGCUGGACACAUUAUCGAUUCAAGCACAAGAUUGCAGCAGUCAGACCAUCCAUCUGAGUUUCCAAACUGUGAGCAGCAAACACAGGAUUAUCAGACUGUAGAUGACAUUGUAAACGAGAGACUGAAGAAUCUCACUGGUGGGAGCAAUUUGGUAGACUUUUCAGAGGCAGUGCCCAUGAGCACCGUGUCAGCAUCCUCCACCAAUAUUUCAAAGCCAUCCAUUGUUUCUUCGCAAGAUCUGAUGGAUAGGCUCGGUCAGUUUCGUUCUCUGCGAUUACCUAGUGACAUCACAAGUAAUGCAGUAUCAUCAUUUGAUCCAGAAAUUGCCUUGGCUGCAAUGGGUGAAGGUGAACCCGACUCUGUUAAUGCUUCAAAUCAACAUUUCCCUUCUACGUUACAGCAAAUGGAAGCUGUACCUAGUGAUUCUGGUUCAUCAUUUGAUCCUGAAGUUGCAUUGGUUGCAAUGGGUGAAGGAGAACAGUCAACAUCAGUACAGCUCCAGCAUACUAGGUAUCAGGAAAUUGAUAAUGUGCCAAAUGGAUCAACAUUCACUCCAGAAGAUGCUCUGGUGGUGAUGGGAGAAGGGGAACAUAGCCCUGUUGCGGGUGCGACACUUCCGCAGUUUCACAACACCCUGCCACACAUGGCAGACAUUACAAAUGAUGCAAGACCUUCAUUCGAUCCCGAAAUUGCUUUGGCUGCAAUGGGAGAAGGAGAGCAGGUCACAGAUGGUGGACCAACAGAAAACCAGUUUCAGUCUGCACUACCACAAAUCAAUAUGAAUAUGUCUGGCAGCACUGGAACACCGUUUGAUCCUGAUGCAGCCUUAGCAGCAUUGGAUGAGAGGGACAAAUCAGCAAAUGAAAUCGAGAAUCAGUUUUCCUCCGUAGGAAAUGUGUCAGGUAACUCAUACAGUUCAGGAAUGGAUCUUGGUGAUACUGGUGAUAAUGAAAGUAAUAAAUCGGUUCCACGAUGUACAGAGAAUGUGACUCAUGUUUCAAGGUUUGAUCCAAAUAUGGCCCUGGUCGCUAUGGAGGAAGAACAUACCAUCACAGCCAAUGAAUCGGCACACAUUCCUUAUGAACCCCCCUUACCACAGACAAGUACGUCAGGUGAACAAGGUUCUUCAUUUGAUCCAGAAAUUGCACUAGCUGCUAUAGGUGAUGGAGAGUCUGUUCAAACAUGCACAUCUUCACAGAGACCGCAUGCACGUGUUCCCAUUGUCAACACAGGAUCUUUCCAGCUGCACUGUGGACCUGAUCUGGGACUAGCCGACACAAGUAUGGAUGUGAGUCUAGAUGAAUCAGGCCCAGAAAUUGACUUUGAGGCCCUUAGUGAAGAAUUCAGUAGGAACACAAGGCACAGGUGAUGCAACGAAAAGGCCAGUGAAGGCCACUGUUAAUUCAUGAUACCAGAUAUUUAUAGAGGCUGUGAGUUGGUCUCAGAGGCGAUAUUACCUUAAGUACAUCAUCUUAGAACAUAGUCUUUGUUGUGUGAACAAAGAAGAGUUAACAGAAUAGGCAAAUUCUGGGCUUCAGUGAUCAGUGUGGAAAAUGACAGCGGAGACAAUGAUAAUGCAAACAGAAUGUCAAGUCACUGUGAGAUUUGGUUUAUUUUAAGGUUUUCUUUCUUGUCCCCACACUAGUUACAUUGGUCUAGCAUAAAAUUAAAUUUUGUACCUUGAAGUAGGGAGAAAUAUCAUUUUCCAAUCAAGCCAUUCAUUUUCCUAUAAGAGAUAUGUAUUUGAAAAAAUGUCUUUAUUGUAUAAAAUGUUACUUUUCCUAUUUUACUAUGAACUAAUUCACUGACUGUGUAAAUAUGGCAUGAUUGUAUAUAUAAAUAAUGUAUUCUCAUCAAGUUUGUAAAGUCUUUAAGUCUGUGAUGCUCACUUUUGCUAUCUUGAUGGGUGCUGCAUCAUUGUUACAAAUCACUUAACAUGGUUUUAUGUUGCUAAUUUAUUGAACCUAGUUUACAGCAGUGCAGUGUAAAUACAUGAAAUGAACUGAAAUGGACCACAAUGGAAAACAGAUGUUUUACAUAUGCAUAUAAGUGUACUGUAUGCAAAAUUCUAAAGUGACACACUGUUAAUAAAACACAGAAGGAAAUACUUUGGUAAAACCAGA